UAGUAGUGAGUCCUAUACUUUGGCUCCAUUAUGCUAUUACACGGUUUUUCCAUUUCACUGUGCGUUUUUGUUCUGUUUGUGAUGGCUUAUUACUGACCACAUAUUGCUUCAUGAGAACGAAAUGAAAAUGUAAUGUAUUGAGGGUAACGUCCUUUAUAAUUGGUUGUUAAAUGUUGGCUUAUUGAACUUUUAUUUUGACGAAUGUAUUGGAAACACUUCCCGGAAGGACAAUAUUUCACCAGUCUCAUGAUGCUGUCAAAUCAAAUGUAACUUAAUCAGUUUUGUACCUAGGGAAACUGUCACAUUGGAUUGCUUAGCCCUGCAGUAGGGUUUGGUUCGCCUCACCAAACACACUGAUGGCAGCCGUAAGACAUGUGCCUUCAUGACAGCACUUCAAACAAAAGAUUGAUCUCUGCGUGUCAGUCGACUGUUCGUUGUUGGCUUCAACCGCAAACAUGACUCUCAGUCUGACCCCCGCAGCCGUCUGUCAGUGCUUCACCCUGGUGUCUUUGUGCACCUCCAUCGCUGACCCUAACUGGAUCGAGGUCUGGAACACCACGGAUCCCAGCGGCAAGGAGUUCAUCUAUGGGGUGGCGUUCACUCUGCAUGCAGCGCAGAACUUGACAGACACCGGUCCCCUCGGAGGAUCUCAUGGCCUGGGUAUGUGGCUGCUGUACGCCCUGGCCGCAGUGUGUUACGGCACUGUCCUCUUCUCAAGCUCUUCCUUCCUCCUGGACUUCCUGGGCGUUGGAGCCACUCACCCGCGGCUGAUUGGAGCGCUUCAUGUUUGCACAGCGGUGCUAUCUGUGGCCAUUCUGGGGGUGUUCAGCGCUUGCAUGUCCGUCAUCUCCCGCAACCUGGAAAAUGGCAUGCUGGGAAAAGGGGGCGUGGCCGCUGAUGAGAAGAACCUGAAGGCGGACGUGGGCGAGAGCCUGUUCAUAGCCAUGCUUGGGAUCUUCUUUUCCUGUUCGGCCGCAGCAUUCAGCCUCCGCAGCCAAUCAGAGUCGAGCGUCACAUUAUCAAGGGACUACGCAGACGAAGAAGGCGGGGACACUGAGCCACUGCUGGGUGGAGCCGAGAGGGAGGAGCUGGUAGGAGAGGCGUCACCUGACUGACCACAGCCAAUAGAAAGCUGGGCUUCAGUCACACCCACUGAUGAAGGAAAUGUCUCCAGCAGACUGUGGUUGGUGGAGGCGAUAAAGUCAAAGCACCAAAGAUGGGACUGAGAAACACACUGGUCCUACCCCAGGUCUGGCCUGGGCCCGUUCGUCGUAGCUCAUUUAGCGAAUUACCGAGAUCAUUUUCAGGAUGAGAUAAUAUAAGUCCCUCCUUUCGGUUCGUGGAAGCAACUUUGGAUAAAUCACCACAGCAACAUAUCAAUUAGCUCCAACCUGCUCCAGCGCCGGCUAAUUUAAGUGAAGCUGGAUAAGCUUGCCACACCCGCGGAAAAAGGAGAGAUCCCAUUGACCAAGGAGCGAUAUUAGUUAGUUUAGCCUUCGUCACACUUGUCGAGAGAGUUCUUCGCGAUCUCCAAGAUCCAUUAUUCCAUCGUGAUGAGUUCUUGUAUGAGCGUCACCGAUUCAGCCGACAAGGAAUCAUUUAUUUACAAGAUCUUCUUGAGCCAUUUAUUGCAAACGCCACACACAACA